AUUGUUUAAACUUUUUCUCGUCCCCUCCGUCUCUCUCUCUCUUGCCGCCACCUUACAGCGAUCACUCUCUCUCUCUCUCUCUCUGAAAAAACUAGAGAGAGAAAGAGAAACACAGAGGCAGAGCCUCUCAACAGAAAAGCCAUAGUUAUACAUACAUAUAUUCUAUAUACAGUUCUAGAGAGAGAGAGAGAGAGAGAGAUAGAGAGAGAGAAGAUGAGUGUGAUCGACCUGAUAACUCGAGUGGAAGCGAUAUGCAAGAAAUACGAAAAGUACGACACCGACAAGCAGAAGGAGGUCAACGUCUCCGGCGACGAUGCUUUCGCUCGUCUCUACUCUGUCUUCGACUCCGACCUCGAUCAAGCCCUCCAGAAAUUGGAAUCUGUACCAGCGGAGAAAAACAGGGCAACGGCUGUGGCUAUCAACGCCGAGAUUCGACGGACCAAGGCUCGAUUGAUCCAGGAACUCCCCAAAUUGCAACGACUUGCUCUUAAAAAGGUCAAAGGGCUUUCAAAAGAGGAACUUGAGGCUCGAACUGAUUCAGUUUCUGCGCUGAAAGAGAGGAUUGAAGCUAUCCCUGAUGGGUCCACAAAUGGAGCUAAACAAACAGGUGAAUGGGCAGCUUCAGCCUCAAGCACAGGAAUUAAAUUUGACACUACUUCAGAUAGAAGAUAUGAUAGCGAGUACUUUCAGCAAACUGAGGAAUCAAACAAUUUUAGGAACGAGUAUGAAAUGCGGAAAAUGAAACAGGAUGAAGGAUUGGAUGUUAUAGCAGAAGGAUUGGAUACAUUGAAAAACAUGGCUCAUGACAUAAAUGAGGAAUUGGAUAGGCAAGUGCCGUUGAUGGAUGAAAUAGAUGACAAGGUUGACAGGGCAGCCUCUGACCUUAAAAGUACCAAUGUGCGACUCAAGGACACGGUGACGAAGCUGAGGUCUAGUCGCAACUUCUGCAUUGAUAUCAUACUCUUAUGUGUAAUCCUGGGAAUCGCUGCCUAUUUAUACAAUGUACUAAAGUGAGACUUGUGCUUUGGCUACUGCGCCUCCAGCUUACUGAAUCAGGAGGCACGACACCACAGUAAUAGGCGGAAGUAGAAUCUAUCAGCAUAGUGUAAUUUGGUCCCUGUUGUUCUCUGUAUUUGUGUCUGCUGAGUUCUAACUAUGCUUUGACUGUUGUCCAAUAUACCACAGUACUUUAGAUCAACACUAGCAACAUAGAUCUUUUAUUUAUUUAUUUUUUUGAAUACGUGGUUAUGUGGUGAAAAUUAAAUUUGUGUAAUGUGGAGUCUAUAUGUAAAAUAAAUCUAAAUUACAAAAUGAUAAUUUUAAGUAAUUUAUCAAUAGUUAAGUUUCAAAUCGUAA